AUGGCGAGCAAAACACCAGAGCAUCUUCACAUUGAGGAGCUCGUGAAGACCAAGAUCCCCGCCAGCCCCAUCUAUGCAUUUCUCCUCUCUGACAUCUCGAUCAUUGCGGCCGACAAAGGCCGCGUGGUGGCUCGACUGCAGCUGACCGAUUCGCAUAUGAAUGCGUCGAAGAGUCUUCACGGAGCCGUCUCGGCUGCGAUUGUUGACUGGGCUGGCGGCAUGGCCAUCUCCACGUACGACCUGAGGCCUUCCUCGGGUCCGUCUUUGGACAUUCAUGUGACCUAUCAGUCGGGUGCGAAGGUUGGCGAAGAGAUUGAGAUUGAAGGGAUUGCAGAAAGAGUCGGCGGCUCUAUUGGUUUCACCAAAAUCACCAUCUACAAGGUAGAGAACGGAGCCCGCGGGACCAUAGUCUCAGCAGGCACACACACCAAGUAUGUGAAGGGCUCAGCACCUCCAAAGACUUGA